AUGUUCUUCUCCACAUUCUUGCUACUGUUCUGGACCGUCUUCGCCUGGACAACUCGUCUCAAGAGGGUCGUCCCUGCAGCUGCAGGCCUUGGACCACCUGCUCAACGGCCAUACGCGAAGAUAGACAGAAACUACGACACCCUGGAUCAGGUGAAGGCGGCACUUCAGUUGGCUGGUCUCGAGUCCUCCAACCUCAUUAUCGGCGUGGAUUUCACCAAGAGCAACGAAUGGACAGGCAAACUCUGUUUCAACGGGAGAAGCCUGCAUCGCCUCGGAGGGCCUCCUAACCCUUACGAGCAAGCCAUCAGCAUCAUCGGCAAAACCUUAUCGGGGUUCGACGAGGACAACCAGAUCCCGUGCUUCGGCUUUGGUGACACAUCCACGCAUGAUCAACACGUCUUCAGCUUCUACCGAGAUGGACGGGCAUGCAAUGGUGUCAAUGAAGCGCUGCAGCGGUACAGAGAGAUCGCCCCUCACGUUCGGCUCUCCGGCCCGACAUCUUUAGCUCCAAUCAUAAAAACUGCAACCAAGGUCGUCCAGGACCACGGCUAUCAGUAUCACAUCCUACUGAUAAUAGCUGACGGGCAGGUCCCAACGUCUUCUAGUGCUCCUUAUGCAAGCAACUCAGAAGAAGCAAGAUCAGAAAACUACCUAGAAGAAAGGACUGUCCAGGCUCUCAUACAUGCCAGUGAUUUCCCUCUUUCGAUUGUGCUUGUUGGAGUAGGCGAUGGACCAUGGGAUGAUCUUAUUCACUGCAACGAUAACCGGCGGCGGUUUGAUAACUUUCAGUUUGUGGAUUUCACCGAAAUUAUGUCCAGGGAAAUUGCAGAAGGUGACAAGGAGGAUGAAUUCACGUUGGAAGCGCUGAUGAAGAUACCAGCCCAGCAUGAUGCGAUAAUCAGCCAGAACAUUAGGUGCGUCGCCAAACAGAAGGGGAGUAGCAGGUCUACGGUGUGCAGUCAGCCAUGCUACUACCUGCUUGGAUUUCAGCCAGCUCACGGCUCAGAAUUGCGCUAG